CUCUUUUGUUCCAGAUCGAUCGACUCCACCUCUGGGCAGCAUCAAUAAUACCCAAGCGCUAAGCGUGCAUUGUUAUCGGCCCGCAGCCAUUGUCGCCCUCGAUCAUCAUCGAGGCCAUCCAUUUACCUGUGAAGAAGAGCUGGGUAGAUAAGCCAAGCAUCCUCAUCACCAUAAGCAUGUAUCAUUCGAUAGGUAUCGAACGACAACGACGAGGACUACGAAGCUACCAACCGAAUCGACGACGAACGGUUUGGGAUAAACGAUAACAAGCGCCUCCCGGAUCGUCACUUUGAAACCUCGCACGCACCUGUCCGGAUCGAGGCACCAUAACAAAACAAAAUACUCAAAAAAAAAACCGAAGCCACAAACCGGCAAGCAGCUUUCGUCGGCUCAGCUGUUUUCGACGACGAAACAAAAAGGAAAGGUACGCGCCAAUUACCCGGCAAUAAUCUGGUGCUCUUUCUCUCGCUGCUGGCGCGGGCCAUCAGUAUCGAUUCAGAGCCCACGCGAGACGCCAGCUUCCAAAAAACGACCGCGCGCAUCACCGGACCGGAGAAGAGCUCCAGAUCAAAGCACAGCAAGCAAAGAAGCGGCUCUAUCGCCGUUGUCGGUAACCUCGUUUCGCGACUGGCCACGAGCGGAGAUUAUGUAAAUGAUCGAUGCUUUAUUCGCACCAUUGUUCGGUUGCUGGCUGGUUCUUCACCGUAGAACUUGGAGAUUGAAAGAUUGAAGAUUCUGCGAUUUUUUUUGUUCAAAGUGUGCGAGUGCGAAAGUGUUGGGCGAGAGUGUGGAACGAAGGUCGGUUUGUUAUUGAAAUUGGACGGGUAGAGUGUUCUUUCGCGUGUGAGUGCAAAACGGGCAAGAGAGGGUUAGACACGUAGAGUAGCAGAAAGAGAGUGAGAGAGCAAGCGCAGCGGGAAGCUUAAUCUUAUCACGAAAUUACGCCGCUAGUAGUGCGCGAGAACCGGGUGAUUUCGCAAGUGUUCGUCGCUGAGCUGCGGGAGUAGGUAGAGUCAGUUUUAACGAGAUUCUUGCAAUACUGUGCGGAUACAGGUAUCAUCUUGAAACUAGAGUGCAGAGAAUACGAAGACGUUCCAAGCGGGGGCCACGUGACGACAGACUGAGAAGUGUUUAGAUGAGAAGAUUAGCCCCGAGUUGGAUGAACGGCAAAUGUUAUGUUUUUGUUUGAAGCAGCUGAAUCAGCAGUGCCCUCGGCUUUACGGUGCAAGUCGUGAAGGAUCUUCGCUGUAGACUACUUGCACUUGAUUGUGGUUGCGGUAUUUAAGUGUGAAUAAAGGUAAAAAUCUCGAAGGGAGAAACAUCGAAAAUGCUGACACCGGUGAAAAACAAUCAAAGUGCACAGACAUGGACUGUUGAGGCCCGAUGGUAGAUGGUGCCCUUUUACAGUGAUAGUGACGAAAACAUAAAAACAAUUUGUGCCCGGGAGUAGUUGAAUAAAACAGAGUGAUUUGCUGAGUCGCAUAAAAUGUUCCACUCGGUGAUGGUGCAAAAGAUUGCUCUGGUAAUGAACCGAGCUGAAUCGAAAGUGUUUUGAGUGGCAAUCAUUCGAUAAUUGGUGUUUGAAGUGAGAGGAUCAGUCGCCAGUGCGACCCUGACCACGGCCAGAACGAAAGAUCAUCGAAGAUGUACUGGAUUCGGUCGAAAAAACUGAAAGAGCGCCUAGCGCUUGGCUUCGGUGCCACGCUUGUGCUGUUCACAUUAUUACUGGUGAUCGAUCUUCAAAUGGACCUUGGAGUUUCCCGAGGUGAAUUUAUACCAUCUCAUGCGCGGAUACGAUUCGCCAACGAUGAAGACAAGGGAGGAAUUUAUAACGAAUUUCACCGGAAGUAUCUUGCCAAAAGUAAUGCGUCCGGUUCCAAGGAGUACCUUACCACGAAUGCCCAUACCCGAAGUCGGACUGAUACUUCCGGAUCAGGUUACCCAAGCAAACAGAUUACUACGACUCCUCCCCAUGACCGAUUUAAGGAUCUGACCGCAAUGGUGGUAGCCCCGAAAAAUCGUCGCAAUCCAGAAUACUACGAACGGAUAGUUAUCAAAGAAGACCACGAAGAUUUUGUCAAUCCGACAUUAGCUGAAAUGCUAGAUCUGAGGAUCAGCAAUAAUGCAAGCAAUCUGGAAAAGUUCCAGCUUUCCAUUACAAAAAAUGAACUUUACUCGAAAAGUGAUACCCUUGUGGAUGCUGUGAUAGAAGACAUGGUAAAGUUGCCCAUCAAGCACGUUGUUCAGAAGGAAGGCGGAACCCAAAUUAAGUUGAUCAUUGAAUACCCAAACGAUAUUCAUGCUUUGUUCAAACCGAUGCGAUUUCCAAGGGAACAACAAACGCUGCCAAACCAUUUUUACUUCACCGAUUACGAGAGACACACAGCGGAAAUUGCGGCAUUCCAUCUGGAUCGGUUAAUGGGAUUCCGGCGAGCAAUGCCAGUUACCGGACGACUUCUCAACAUUACCACAGAAAUCGAGCGGGUAUGUGACGAUAACCUACUGAAGACAUUCUUCAUAUCGCCGGCUCGGAACAAGUGUUUCCACGGUAAAUGUUCCUACUAUUGUGAUACGUCCCAUGCCAUCUGUGGCAAUCCGGAUACGCUGGAGGGGUCGUUUGCUGCUUUUCUACCGACUCAGCAGGAUACUCAGCGAAAAGUGUGGCGCCAUCCCUGGCGUCGGUCGUACCACAAGCGCAGGAAGGCACAGUGGGAAACUGAUCCCGACUACUGCGCCAUGGUUCGCGACAUUCCCCCGUACGAUGAAGAUCGUCGAUUGCUAGAUCUGAUGGAUAUGUCGGUUUUCGAUUUCCUAAUUGGGAACAUGGACCGGCAUCACUACGAAACGUUCAAGAUCUUCGGAAACGACACGUUCCCCAUUCAUCUGGACCACGGCCGAGGAUUUGGUCGACCUUUCCACGAUGAAUUAUCGAUUUUGGCGCCCUUGCUCCAGUGCUGCCUGAUUCGAUCAUCAACACUCGAAACGCUGCUACUGCUUCACAAUGGUCCGAAGACGCUCUCGGAAAGGAUGAGGGAAUCGCUGUCGGUAGAUCCGAUUGCACCGGUCCUCUGGGAACCGCAUCUGACCGCGUUGGAUCGUAGGGUAGGUAUCAUACUCCAAGCUGUGAGAGAUUGCCUUAAGAAGGCAUCGGAAGAGGAGUUCGACGGCAGCCAAAAUCAACUGGGCCACAACGACAAUUUCUCCUAGCGUUCCUACCAUCCCAGGCGGACCCGGCGCCUCUACAGGAUAUUGGUCAACAUGAAGAGCAACGGUGCGAAUCGAAUCGGCCAAUACAGAAGCUUGUACAUAGUCUAAAAACCAGAAGUGAGUGAGAGCGCGCAAUGCGCAAGUGAGCGGGAAAGAAAAGCGAGAGUGAAUGGAGAAGAAGAAUGUGCACAAAACUGAGUGAAUGAUGAUGUCCGGUAGUAAAUAUGUGGCAUUAGUCGAGAUGUUUAUUGGUUCGUUGCGGGAUCAUUAUCAUAAAAUGAUAGCUAAAGGCACAUAAGAUAGGCUCGGUCGGAUAUGAACGCUGCAAAUAUUUUGAUUGAACGAUUGUAAAGUUCUGAUGUUAAUUAGAUCAAUAGGAUUAACCACGUGUAUAAUCCACUAAUGAAGAAUGAUAUAUAAAAUUAUACAUAUUCAUAGCAUGCGGAGUCCAAUCCGCAGCAAUAAGAGGCCAAAGUUGUAAAUGAGCAAAACUUAUUCGAGAGUCCCCUCGAGGAACCAUAUUUACGUUUUAAACGCUAGAUGAUAUUAGAUGUUCUUGUUUUCUUCCUGUUAAGUUUUACAACUCUAUAGUACACGUUCCGAACCCAUUUUUCCUCGUUACCCAAUAUAACAUGAUGAGACAGACAAAAUUUGCUCAGCUCUGAGAUAAGAUAUCAAAUGUUCUUAGGAUGUUCCGUUCCGUACUCGCACCGAGGCCGACUCCCCAGAUGAUGAAUAGUACUGCUGCGACGGACAGUUCGUAAAUCUCUCAAACACGGUAGCCAGUACUGUCAGCCAAAAACCAACAAUUUUGUGUCAAGCAGAAGAUAAACGCUUAAACCAACCAUAGAGAUGCUAUAUCGUUCCGACGGUUCACAUGAUGGUUUCAAAUAAAUUACGUAUUAAUAUCCAAUUAUUCGAGUGAAUUCAUUCCGCAAAUCCACACCCACCAGAUCAUCAUUGCAUCGUGCUAUCAACUCCAUAUCAAUGGCAAUUAUCACACCACCACCUUCAGUGCAAAACGAAACUUUCCGUUCUUUUAACGUUGUGUCCGGGCGAACUCAUAAAUAGAUAAAUCGUACAUGUAUAAACGGAUGUUACUCCCCGAGUCCGAGACCGAUUGUGACAAAAUUGUAUUUAAUAAAAUGACGUUAAUAAGUCAAUUAGAGCAACAGGAUACGAAUGCGAAAUCCAUAUUGCGUGUCAAAAUGAAGCAAUUAUGAGUUUUAGCUGCUAUAAGUACCUCUUUUGUGCCCGUUUUCAUC